AUGUUACAGACUCUCAAGUUCUCGUUUUUUGUUUUUGUUCUCGUUCUUUCUCGUUCUUUCUUGCUGAAAGUCUCGUUUGUCGUUGGCUUCUCUUUCUCUCAUGUCUUUCUUAGUUUUUCUUUAUAUUCAUUCUUUCUUUCUUUUUUCAUUGUUAUAUUCUCGUUUUUUUUCUCGUUGGAUAUCUCAUUUGUGCCUCUUCACUUUCUUUUCUCUUUAUAUUCAUUCUUUCUUUCUUUUUCAUUGUUAUAUUCUCGUUUUUUCUCUCGUAAAAAAAAUAUAUUCAUUCUUUCUUUCUUUUUUCAUUGUUAUAUUCUCGUUUUUUUUUCUCGUGUUUUCUCGUUGGAUAUCUCAUUUGUGUCUCUUCACUUUCUUUUGUCUUUAUACUCAUUCUUUCUUUCUUUUUUUCAUUGUUAUAUUCUCGUUUUUUUUUUCUCGUGUUUUUUCGUUGGAUAUCUCAUUUGUGUCUCUUCACUUUCUCUCUCUCUCUCUCUCUCUCUCUCUCUCUCUUCUUUUCUUGGUUCCUUUUUCCUUCUUAUUAUCCUCACCUUUUCCUCCAUUUAUUUCUUAUUGAAAACCUCCAUUGAGUCGAUUGUAUCAUAUCCGGUCUUCUCUCUCUUCUUUCUAUCAUUUUCCUUUUCUUUUUUCAGUUUUAUUCUCUUUCUUCCUUUUCUAUUUUUCUUGCUAUUUACUUUUCUUUUUCAUAUUUUUCUUUUCCUUUCAUCUUUCAAUAUACUUUCUAUUUUCGUUUCGUUCUUUUGA